AUGACACGUGCCAAACAAGGGAUCCUGUCUCUGUCCCUAAUCCAUUAUGCAGUAUGUGAGCAAUUCUUCUCCUACACUUUGGGCUGUCUGCAAUCUAGUUGGUUUCAUUACUUCCACCUGUGUCACAAGAACAUUUACGGAUAUGAAAACAGCAAACACAUCGGCUGUGCUUUCUUUAAAGAGAUUGCUCUGCACUGUGGAAAAAGCAGUAAUGUGUGGGAAAAAUGGAGAUCUGUGACCCAGUGUGCUCAACCAACUUGUCCAGGAGCUCUGCUUUAUGAAGAAGAGGGUGCUGCAUUUGUUCCUACCUGCUCCAACCCAAACCCCCAUUUUUCCAGCCAGGAUAUCACCAGUUCCUGCGUCUGCCCAGAGGGCAAAGUGCUUAAUGAUCACUUGGAUGGCUUCCACUGUGUGAAUGUGUCGAACUGCACCUGUGUGUUCGCUGGCAGGACCUAUUUACCUGGACAGAAACGUAGCACCAAGUGUCAGUCAUGUUUGUGUGAAGGUGGGAAGUGGCGUUGCUCUGAAAACUGCCCAAUUAAAUGUCAGAUUGAAGAAAUAUUUGCUGAUGAAAAGUGCUCUGUGCUGGUCAGCUUGACUGCCAUAUUUGCUAAGUGCCAUGGCCAUUUGCCACCGGAUCAACACUACACAGCCUGUAUUCAAAGAACCUGUAAUUGUGGCAGCAAUGUGCAGAGGUGCUUGUGCAUUGCAUUAGCCAGCUACGCCAAAGCUUGUGCAAGUCUCGGGAUUUUAAUCGGUGACUGGAGGAAAGCUGCCAACUGCACUCCGACAUGUCCAAAGAACCAAGAGUUCUUCUACAACAUCCGAGCUUGUAACACUACAUGCCGCUCCAUUACUGAGUCUGACCCUCGAUGUGGAGUGGAUGAUGCUUCUGUGGAGGGCUGUAGCUGCCCAGAAGGAACAUACCUGAACCAAGGAAACACCUGCACUCCAAAGGCAGACUGUGAAUGCCACCAUCUUGGUGGUGUAAGUCCACCAGGGCCGGUUGUUAUCGAUGGACAUCAUUGCCUGUGUGAAAAUGGAGAACUGACAUGUUCCACGGAUUGUGGAUGCAGGAAUGGGAAGGUUUGCGUGCACUGCUCAGAGCACCUGAUUCAGACAGCUCAGAAAACAUGUGCGAGUCUCAGCAAACCACUGUUUGCCAUCAUGACUUGUGAGAGUGGCUGUUAUUGCCCACAUGAUCAAUAUGAAGAUCACCAUGGAAACUGUGUAUCAAGGGACAACUGAACCUGUGUGUACAGUGGCAAAGUCUUCAGGGCAGGAGAGACUGUUAAAACCAACUGUAAAAACUGUGUCUGUGGUCAGGGUCAGUGGGACUGCACAGAUGAACCGUGUCCUGGGACAUGUCAAGUCUAUGGAAAUGGACAUUAUCAGACCUUUGACUCUAAAUGGUAUCGAUUUAGUGGACACUGCCAGUAUACACUUGUAGAGGAUUACUGUGGAAAUACAAAGGGCACAUUUUCUGUCAGAGUGGAGAGCGUACCCUGCUGUGAAAAGGUGCUCCCCUGCUCUCGCUCCAUUGUCCUGGUGCUGCAGGGCAAGGUCACCGUGACUCUGAGUGACAUGAAGGUGACCAAAAACCUACAACAAGACUCUACAAUUGCGGAAAACUCACUUUAUAGUAUCGACACUGUGGGACUCUAUAUCAUAGUGUCAGUGCCGAGCAGCGGGAUCACUCUCAUCUGGGACAAACACACACGGCUCACCAUAAAGCUGCAUGAAAACUGGAGGAGCAAAGUUUGCGGCCUGUGUGGGAAUUUUGACUCCAAUGAGAUGAACGACCUGCAGAUAAGUGGCUCAGCAGUGGCGUCCAGUCCGAUGGCCUUUGGCAACAGCUGGAAGGCAACCACUCCUUCCUGUUCUGAUGUAACUGCUGAUAUAGGAAUCUGGACCACUUAUGCUGACAAUCCAGCCAUGGGUGCUGUGCUGGGCAGUAAGAACUUCUACUUUGUGCUCGUGUGGGUUCUUACAUUUGGUUAUUUUAUGUACGAAUUUCUUUAUAGAUUUAUGUACUACCAGUAUCUACUGCAGUUACCUUUUCAUGUGCCAUUCCCAGGUCAAUGUGACUUGUACGGACAGAGCCAAUAUAUUUCUUUCCAAGGAGUCACUUUUAAUUUCCUGAAUCAAUGCACCUACAUCUUGGUGGAGGAACGCUCACCACGUCAUAAUCUGACCAUUGCAGUAGACAACUUUAAUUGUGUACCUGGCCUCCAAGAGUCUUGUGCUAAAGACAUCAUCCUGAGAUAUCAGAGCAAUGUAGCUAAACUCAGUAUUGUCCCGCAUUUUUCUGAAGGACAGGCCACUCUGAACAAUGUGAUCAUACAACCACCAUAUGAAGAGCAUGGAGUGAGAUUUCAGAGUCUCAAACACAAAGUUAUCAUCCAGCUCUCGGAUAUCCGCUCUUAUGUUUCCCUCACCCCAUAUUACAACCUACUGAUCAGUCUGGCUAUGGAAAAUUUCUACAACAACACUGAGGGACAGUGUGGUGUGUGUGGUGGAGCAUUGUGUGUUCGUAAAAGAGGGCAGAUUGAGGAUGACAGCUGUUGUGAUAAGACAGCCUACGACUGGGUGUAUCCAGAUCCUCAGAAGCCAGCCUGUUUUUCUGCACCAAAGAAUGUAUCCUGUCAUGCUGAGCAAGCUUCACUACUCACUAAAAUAAUCGCUACCUGUCUUCCAAGUCCGCUGUGUGAGCUUCUAGAAAACAUAGUCUUUGCAAAUUGCAGCAAGUAUGUGAAUCUAACUCUUCAAAAGAAGAAUUGUAAGUUUGAUUCGUGCUCUAACCCAAAUGCUUCUUGCGCUGCUCUGGAGCAAGCUGCAGAGGAGUGUAGAAAUGCUGGUUUCUGUGUUGACUGGAGAAAACUAACCAAUGGAACCUGUGAUGUGGCAUGUCCAGGCGGACUGGUUUAUAGAGAAUGUUAUGACAAGAUGGAUGACUUCUGCUAUGCAGGACUACGAUAUCCAGGAGACUCACUUAAAAAGAACACAGCAGGUUGUUUCUGUCCCAGCAACUUGCUCAGAGCAGGAACUCACUCAAACAUCUGUGUGGCUGACUGUUCCUUUUGCAAAGGGCCAACCGGAGAGCCUAAACUACCCGGUGAAGUGUGGCAGUCCAAUUGUUACCUUUGUACAUGUAACAACCAGACGCAUACUGAGGAGUGUUUUCCUAAACCUCCUGAACCCGCUCCUGUCUGUGGUCCCAGUGCUGUCUUGGUAAACAGAACUUGCUGUGGUGAUCAGAUUUGUGUCGAGAAGACAUGCAGCUAUAAUGAGCAGACAUACAAGGCAGGGGACAAAUGGACAGAUCCUGCCCAUCCCUGCAAGUCAUUUAGCUGCAGCAAAGAGGGGAUUCAGACUGAGACUAAAGUCUGUCCCAAAGAAAGCUGCCCCGAGGAGGACAGAAUUUGGGAUGACCAACACUGCUGUUAUACAUGUAAAAAGGGCUGUGCUCCCAGGGUGUCCAGCUUCAACAUCACCAUAGAAAACUGCUCCACUGUCAUACAGAUACCUGCAUGCCAGGGACAAUGUUCGUCUCAACUGAGGGUGCUGGUGUUAAAUGGUGACUUGAUGCCACAGCAGGAGCGCAAAUGCUGCGUGGAGCAGAGCUCAGAGAGGAGGUCGAUGACCCUGCACUGCUCAGACCUGACUACCAGACAAUAUGCUUACAAGCACAUCACCAGCUGUGUGUGUGAAUCUUGCAGCAGGAUCUGAAAUGUAGAGCUAGCACAGCCAAGACGAAGCCAUUUGGAAUCAUUAGUUUAAAUAGAUUUCAAAUCAAAUUCAGCAGUACUGGAUGUUUUUCUUCUUUACUUAAAGAAGGUACUGAAUCUGUUUUCUGUCAA